AGGAUGGAAUCUCGGCGGCUUCUCGAGAAUUCCACGGAUCGACUGGCUCUCACAAAACCUAACCCUGGCAGAUAAAGUCCACACAUUCUCCUCCCUUCCCCUUCCUUGGACAAUUCUUUGCUCUCUCUCUCUCUCCUCGAUUCGAGCUCAAUCAAGGGGCUUUUCUUUGCUUCUGUUGCUUGGAUUCUUGAGAAAUUAAUCGAGAAUGACUCGCGGUAAUCAAAGGGAAAAGGACCGUGAAAGGGCUCAAGCCAGGACCGGCGGCAAGGGUAAGAACAAAGACGAUGGACUGACCCCGGAACAACGCCGUGAAAGAGAUGCUAAAGCACUACAGGAGAAGACGGCAAAGAAGGCAGCGCAGGCAGCUGGAGGGAGUAAUGCCGGCGGUGGUGAUGCCAAGAACAAGAAGUAGGGGCGGAGUUUGUGAUUAGAUUAUUGUGGGAAAGCUUGUGCUGGAUCAGAUCUGGGUCUCUGGUAUUGGAGUCAUGUUCGUAUCGUUUUAGGGAUAGUUUUUCUUUGACGGGUCAUUAACGUUGACUUCUGAAUCCUUGGUUUUUAUUUGAUUUGGAAUGGAAUUCCUUUGUAUAAUUGUGUCAUUGGUCGUCUCUUCACUUCUUUAUAGUUCAGCAGUUGAAUUGUGCCGGAAAUUUUCAAAUUUCUCACGAAUGUAGUUUUAACUGUUUGAUUGUUUAAGAAUAUUGGAUGAUUGUAGAAAGCAAGGAAGUGCAAAUAUUAGGGUUCUAAAUAGAUUAUGGAUUC